AUCUCUCCGGUAAAAUGAGUUGGAUGCAGCUGCUCAGGAGUGUGUUCUGUGCAGUGAUCUGUCUCCACGGUGCUGUUGCUCUGCCGACCUCAGGCUGUGAGGGAGCUGAGUGCAACAGAGGCCUGCCCUCUUCUUCGUCUUCUACUUCUCCUCCUUCUUCUUUGGUGGUGAAAUCCCAGCAGCCUUCCCAGGACUUUCUGGGUCAGUUUACCCAGGUGAGCUCACCAAACAGCGGGGACCGUAAACACCGCGACGCCAGUGCCGUCCUGCCUUUCAUCGGCCUCACAGGCAGUGCUGAGCAGAGUCGAAGCUGCUGUAAGAAUGGAGGUACAUGCAUCCUGGGCAGCUUCUGUGCCUGUCCUCCAUUCUUCACUGGAAGGAGCUGUGAGUACGACCAGCGCAUCAGGAGCUGUGGUGUGAUUCCUCAUGGUGAGUGGGUUCAGAAAGGAUGCUCCUACUGUCGCUGUGGUUACGGUGUCCUGCACUGCUUCCCCCAUGUCUUCCAUAAAGACUGUGAUGACUCGGGGGAGGUGCACUGGUAUCACUCAUCAGCUGUCAGGACAGUUCAGAACAAGUGCUUCCUCAUCGCAACACUGCUUCUGCUCCUCUUCCUCUGAUGGUUAAAAAAACAGUGCAACACUGAGGACUGCAAGAUAUCUCAAGCUGGUUCGUUGAAAAUCAGGAGUUGCUGCUUCCUGAGAGAAAACAUGCUACUUUCAGCUUCCUUGAAACUGAUCUUCUGGAUUUUAAACUCUGUAUUCAGAGUGUUGUGGUUUAUGGGAACCUUCUUUUACACAGAACUCAGCUUUCCAUUGAUGCAUCCUGUUUCAAGCUCAAAAAGCUUUGAGACUAACCCUGCAAAAUGUGUGGAGAUGUUAUUGAGGACUGAGGCUGAAUGUGCUUAAACCAUUGGAUCAAUUUGAACAUUUUUCAGGAUACAAUUCAGCUGGUGCAUUUUAUAGUUUAUAGUGCAUUUCCUUUUGUUUCAACAAUUGUUAAGGAAUUAUUAAGUAUGUAAAUAUCUUGAAAAUACUGUCAAUAACUCCACUGACAGAUUUUGAACACUUUAGGAUUUAGUAUUGAAUAACUUGACAAAGCAGAAAAUAUAGUGUUGAUUAUAAUAAAAACCAGAUCAAAAUAGAAGUGAUCAAAGCUUAGUAUUUAUCUGUUUUUCCCCAUUUAAAACUUGUCAGCUUUGCACAUAAAUUGAUGCUCAGUCUCUUUUAAAACCUUGACAGAGUGUGUGUCAUCGAUUCUAGAAACGUUUCCUUCCAGUGGAAGGUUGUCUGUGUGUCUAUGAUUUCUUGAAGAACACAAUGUGUGUGAAGGAAGUUGUACAUAAGAUUUUAAUGAAAAAAUAUGUUUUUUUUUUGUAAUUUUAGUAUCUGUAACUGAAUAUCAGCUGCUUUUUUCUUUGUUAAAGAAGAUGCACAUUUUAUUGUUUUUAACUUUGCGUCUUCUGUUUGUUUGCAAAAAAUGAGCUGAUUUGACAUUUUGUCCAUUGAAUAUAAACAUAUAUGCAUUAUAUGUUUAUUAAAGAUUUAUUGUUCCAUGUUGCA